UCGCUCUUUCACACUCACAGCCACCGCGUCCGCGUUUCCAUGGCGGAUAAAUCCAGCGGCAAUAGCACCUUGGAGACGAGCAAGGCGGAGCGCCACGUCUGGCUCAUGAAAUGCCCUCCCGUGGUCGCGCGCGCCAUGCAGCAGAACAACCAACACCCGUCCUUCCCAAACGACCCUGCCGCUGGCCGUACCGUCGCUAAAGUGAUCGUCGCCGUUGAUCCGCUGCGUCCUAACGACGAUUUAUCCUCUACUCAGUUUACCAUGGAGUUGGCUGGCACUGCAGAUACAAACAUGCCCAGCAGCUAUUCGCUGGAUAUGUCCACUGAUUUUAUUCCUAUGUGUGUAUUUUCUGAGUCGUCUGAAGGGAAACCUUCUGUGGAGGGGAAAAUCUAUAAUAAGUUUGAUAUGAAGCCUCAUGACAAAAGUAUCGAAGGCUAUGCAAAACUAUGUCGGGAGAGAACAAAUAAGUACAUGACAAAAACUAGACAAAUACAGAUUAUCAAUGAUGAUAAUGGAAUGCGCAUGAGGCCAAUGCCAGGGAUGCUUGAUUUUAAGACUUCUGGAUCGAUAACAAUGGAAAAGAAAAAGAAUCCAGCAAAGGGGUCGGAAACAAAGAGAACCAGAAGAGACCCUGACGAAAUGGAAAAGAUCCUGUUCAAGCUCUUUGAGAAACAGCCAAACUGGACACUGAAAAACCUGAUCCAGAGGACAGAUCAACCUGAGCAAUUUCUUAAAGACAUGCUUAAGGUGCUGUGUGUGUACAACAACAAGGGAGCCAACCAAGGAUCCUACGAGCUCAAACCUGAAUAUCGGAGAUCCGAAGACAAUUCCAAUCCUGAGUAGAUUCUCAUCGAGGUACCAAGCUAACACCCUUUUAAAUUUGAGUUUGUUCAGUUACUGCUAUGUUCUUCUUACUCUAGGGAAUAUUCAUUAGCUUUUCCUUUGCCUCAAUAGGUUACUGCAACUUUGCUUUUUCACCCUACUUUGAUAUCCUUCAAUACACAAUCCUAUUGCUACAUUUGUGAUUUGAUCAUUUUAAACUACAUGAAUUUGUGUGUAGUUUGAAAUUGUUUUUUUU